AUGGAAAUCCCUAGUUACGAUGCGUUGGUGUAUUACGCCACACCACCCAACAGCUACAUCGGCACCACUAUUUUCCUUUCUUAUAUCGUCGCAGCACUUUACGCGACUAUUGCGAUUAUCUACUCGCUAUACAAUCAAUACACGGUUAUCUUUCACACAUCCAGUUCGUCAAAUGAUGAAAAACUCGGUGCAGCGAAGGCGGUGCGAGCGCGUCACAUCAAGAUCUACGCGUUCCUUGCCUCAAUCAGCUUCGCGACAUUAUCUUAUCACAUGCUCAUGUUCCUAAUAACGCACUAUCUGGAAUGGAGUGGAGAUCAGACCCGGAGCUUCAGCAAUGUCAGCGUGGGAAAACUGAAGACAUGGACGUUAGAGUCAACCCUGUUCCAAGACUUUGCACAAGAUCUAGUCAAAGACGCGCCGAAUGCGGUAUGGACCCAGACUGCGAUACUAGCGACGUGGUUCUGGAACAUCUACAUGGGGCAAAAAACGAGAGCACGCAGAUACGAUACCUCAACGAUACGCACGUACAUUUUACUCGGCCAGAUCCUACCCAUUUCCUUCGCGGUCUUACUUUUCCUUAUCCAGCUGCAUCUUUCAUCUCCGGAUAUAGCUCCCACGUCAGCUGCAAACAACGCAGCUAAAUCCGAUUCGGCGCCCAAGCGUCGCAAGCCAAUAGCAACACUGCAAAUCCCGAACAUCCUACUCAACGCAGCUCUACUCGCUCUUCCAGCCCUACGAUCCAACUCGAUCUUCAGCGUUCUACUCCUUGUAACGCGCGCUGUUCUAUUACUACCGCACUCCUCGGCCAUGAGCCUGAGGGAUGCGGAUGUAGUCAAGUGUAUCACUGUAUCUGGCGGCUUCGCAGUCGCAAAUGCCGCGAUGAUGAGGAAGGAUCUCACACUUGGUGGUGUUUUAGGGUCUUUGGGAAACGGUGGAUAUGCAGUCAAAGCGUUAGGAUGGGAUGCACUUUUGGGACUAGUAGUAUACCUGGUAUUAGGGUGGGGAGGCGGAGUCUGA